UCAGUAUAAAAACUAAUACAAUAGAGUUUAUAUUUAAAGCAAUUUAAAUUAUUAAUCCCCAAAAUGUUGGAACCAAUAAAAGUGUUAGUAUUAAUUUGUUUGUAUACAUGUUUAGUGGUAGUUAACACACAAAACUGCGGUCGACCUAAAACCCAGUCUGUGACCAACACUUUAAUAGUAGGCGGUGUUAAUGCACUGAAGGGUGAGUUCCCGUGGCAGGCAAUUGUGCUACGAUACUUCAAAGAUAAGCAAGGUGCAUCGUAUAUUGAGUUAUGUGGUGGCGUUAUAAUAAAUGAGCAAUGGAUAUUGACAGCUGCUCACUGUAUUGCUAAAAGUUCUAACCCUAGUAAAUAUGAAGUAAAAUUAGGUUACCUAGAUCAGCUACACCUCUCUGGUAACGAAUCCACUCAUAAAGUCGACACCUUAAUAUUUCACGAGAACUAUGACCCUAAUCAAAAAGGUCCUCACAAUGACAUCGGUUUAGUGAAAAUUGUCGAUAAAUUGAAUUUUAAUGGAAAGGAUAGCAAUUUAGAGCCCAUAUGUUUAGCCACUAAUGGCAUUAGUUUAAAAGAUAAUUGUAUAGCCACUGGUUUUGGCUAUUUACAUGCAGAGGGAAAGGCAGCCACGAUUCUUCAGAAAGUAAAUGAACCUAUUUAUGACAUCUCCAGUUGUCAGAGAUUAUUCACGAGAGUGGACAGUAGGACUAAUGUAUGCGCCGGUGGUACUGGCCGCACGGGAACCUGUAUGGGUGACUCGGGUGGACCACUACAGUGCGAGGGUAGUGAUGGUCUCUGGUAUGAAGUGGGCAUCACAUCAUAUGGUGUUCCCUGCGGUACCGGUCAAUAUCCAGAUGUAUUCACACGAGUGGAUGCUUUUGAAAAGUGGAUUAAAGAUAACAUUGCUAUUUACUUCACCCGUUAUGUGCACUUUCGUUGUGGGAAUUCAGAAAUUUGUGGCAAAUCUGGUGUCAAUGAUGUGGACACGGAUUGGAGUGUAGAGGGAGGGGUGGACACAGUGGUGGGUGAGUAUCCCUGGCACGCACUCAUCUCCCCAGGACAGGGCAAACCAUUUUGUGCCGGAGCUCUCAUUAAUGACAAUUGGGUGCUAACGGCCGGACAUUGUGUGGUAUUCAUUGAGGACGUCAAGGGAUAUGUCAUACGAUUAGGCGCUCACAACCACAAAGUGAAAGAGAGCACAGAAUCUCAGAUUAAAAUCAAAAAAAUUGUAAUCAACAAAGAGUAUGACAUCGGAAUGAUUACCAAUGAUAUCGCGUUAAUUCAAUUGAAAGAGAAACUGGAUUUCAAUGGAAAGCACAAACAUUUGGCGCCCAUUUGUCUCAACAAUACUAACACCGAAGUGACUGACAAUUGUCUAGUGAUUGGCUUUGGUUUAUCCGAUUCAAACAAAGAUAGGCCGCAAGUGCUGCAGAAGUCGAGUCAACCCAUACUCGAUACCAACAUUUGCGCCAAAGUUUACGAUCCC